GUACGCAGCCUUAUCUUCCUUUCUCAUUAUUUAAAUUAAGAUCAGAGAGGGAAAGCUUUUAUCGCAAAGUUUAAUUCAGUGAGACUUAUCACAAAGUUAGUUCAGAUUGAAUAUCAUUGUAUAGUUGUAGUGACACCUUCUUCUUAUCCAGACCUGAAAAUAUUUUAACAUGCUCAGUUACUUUAUGGGGUCCUCUGAAGCAACGAGCGAUGUUCCGCUCAAUAAACCCCUUGCAGACAGCGAUCCAGAGCUCUUUAAGCUAAUCCAGAAUGAAAGGAAUCGGCAGUUGAAAGGUCUUGAAAUGAUAGCCUCUGAAAACAUUACAUCUUUGGCCGUCCAGCAAUGUUUAGGAUCUUGUCUCACGAAUAAAUACUCAGAAGGAAUGCCAAAUGUCAGGUACUAUGGUGGUAAUGAGUUCAUCGAUGAAAUUGAAAUAUUGUGCCAAGAGCGUUGCCUGAAAGCUUUUAGACUGGAUCCUAAUGAAUGGGGUGUAAAUGUUCAGCCGUACUCUGGUUCCCCAGCUAAUAUGGCAGUCUACACAGCUCUCCUUAAACCUCAUGAUCGCAUUAUGGGUUUAGACUUACCGGACGGUGGUCACUUAACUCAUGGUUUCAUGACUCAAAAGAAAAGAAUCUCGGCUACAGCAGUUUACUUUGAGUCAAUGCCGUACAAAGUCAGCCCCACUACUGGAUUGAUUGAUUAUGAUAGACUUGCUGAAAAUGCUAAAUUAUUCAAGCCAAAAAUGAUAAUUGCAGGUAUUAGCUGCUAUUCAAGAUGCCUUGAUUAUAAGAGGUUCAGAGAGAUCUGCAAUGAAAAUGGAGCAUAUCUAUUUGCUGAUAUGGCUCAUGUUAGUGGUCUUGUUGCUGCUGGCGUUAUUCCGUCUCCAUUUGAGUUCAGUGAUGUUGUGGCCACAACGACGCACAAAACUUUACGAGGACCAAGAGCAGGAAUUAUUUUCUACAGGAAAACCCCUCACCCAUCGACCAAGCAUGAAGGCAAGUUUGAUCUUGAAACUAAAAUUAAUGAGGCAGUAUUUCCCGGACUUCAAGGUGGACCACAUAACAAUGCAAUUGCUGGGAUUGCCACUGCUAUGCAUCAAGCAAGCACUCCGGAAUUUAAGUACUAUCAAACUCAGGUCAUAGAAAAUGCCAGACAUCUUGGAGUAUGUUUGACUAAUCUAAACUACAAGAUUGUCACGGGUGGAACAGACGUUCAUUUAAUUCUCGUUGAUCUCAGCCCUAAAAAAGUGUCUGGUUCCAAAGCUGAGCUGAUUCUUGAAGAAAUUGGAAUUGCUUGCAAUAAAAACACAGUUCCCGGUGACAAGAGUGCCAUGAAUCCAAGUGGAAUCCGACUUGGAACACCAGCCCUCACAACUCGUGGAAUGCAAAAGGAGGAUAUGGAGAAAGUUGCUAAUUUCAUACAUGAAGGAGUUCAAUUGGCUCUUGAAAUUCAGAAAGUAUCUGGACCCAAAAUUGUUGAUUUCAAGAAGUUGGUGAAAGAAGAUGCUGACACCCGUAAAAAGAUAUCCGAGCUCCGUUCACGAGUAGAAGACUUUGCUGUGAAAUUUCCUCUUCCUGGGAACCCUGAUUACUGAUAUAGGGUCAGUGUUAUUGCUUGGACAAAAAAUCAAGUUUCUCAUCACUUAAAUCAUGCUAUAUUCAAGCUCUUGCUUAGGUCUUUCUAUACGCCUCCUUUUCUCUUCCCCCUCGCUGAGAAACUGCCUUGUCAUCGAAAAAUGAAGUAUUAUUUUAAAAUAAGUAUGGUCGUCUUUGUAUAUUUUUAGUUUUACAUUGUGCCUUUGAAUCUCAGUGCAGUGAUACUCUUUCUUUUAACAAAAGAUUUUAAUAUUUACACAUCAAUUUUAGAUAAAUUUUAAAUGCUCCGUAUUUUUGUAGUAUCUGAAAAUCAUAUUGUAUACUUUUCGUAUUUUUCUCACUUUAUUGUAAGAAAUUUACUCAUAAUACAUAAUUAAUUUAAUAUUAUUUUAGGAUGAUUACCAUUCCAUGUUCCUGUAUGGCUUUCAUUACCAAUGAAUUGUGAUAGUUUAUAAACGUACAUUUCUGUGAAUUGUCAUAAAAAUAAGGAACCAUAAUUUAUAUUGUGCCAUACUUUAAUGCAUUGACUUGCUCUCUAAAAUGUAAGACUUGUAAGAUCACUUUUAUUCUAUAAAGAAAAUCAAAUAUUU